CCACCACUUCUACUUGGGAUCCUAGCGAUAUGGCUGAUCAUGGAAUGGGACCGUGUUAUUCAGCAACGAAGAAAUAAACCAUAGUCUAGUCAUCUUAAAGUCAAAUCGUUAGUCGAUUAGCGCUUUUUUUGAAGAUUUUCUUACAUAGUCUAAAUAAUCAUUAGUUAUCAAAUGUAGCUAUUUAAUAGCUAACUCAUCCUAUUGUCACCGGCUACCACGGUAGCUGCACAAACUUGUCGCAGUGGAUAGCAUACAGUCGUCUGGAUUGCUCUAUCUAGGACUGAUAAAGUCGCGCGUAUCCGGAUCUAAUCAGUAGGCCCGUGGGCCCCUGGCUGUGUACGUGAGAUGGACAGGAUGAAGAUAAUCAAGCGGAGGUUGUCCAUGUCUCUACGCAGUGCCCGACCCGUAGAUGACUCUCUGUCCGAACUGGCCGAGCAGAUGACCCUGGAUGAGGCCUCAGCAGCCAGAGAAAAUGAGCCCACGGCGGUGUGUCCCGUCAGUGUUCAUCCCCCAGCCUCUCACAGUGCUCCUUCCUUCCUGCGUCAGUAUGCGGGCCAGCUGGGCCGCACCGCUGCCCUGCGCAGAGACAACCCGGGCCUGGACCGAGACAGGCCCUACCUCACGCUGCACAGGACCGGAUCCCUCGGUAUCGUCCAUGAGAACGUAAAAAUGGGCUCAGAUGGGGAGAGUGACCAGGCGUCCGGGACGUCCUCUGAUGAAGUCCAGAGUCCGGUCAGGGUCCGAAUGAGGAACAAUCAUCACAGACGCAUUUCCAACGAGGACAUAAACAAGCGUCUGUCUCUGCCGGCUGACAUCAGGCUACCGGAGGGCUACCUGGAGAAGUUUGCUAUGAACAGCCCACCCUUUGACAAGCCCAUGAGCCGCAGGCUACGAAGAGCCUCUUUGUCUGAAAUCGGCUUUGGCAAGUUGGAGACAUACAUCAAACUAGACAAACUGGGGGAGGGCACGUACGCCACAGUGUUUAAGGGGCGGAGCAAGCUGACAGAUAACCUGGUGGCUCUGAAAGAGAUCCGAUUGGAGCAUGAGGAGGGCGCGCCCUGUACUGCCAUCAGAGAAGUGUCUCUCCUGAAAGACCUGAAGCACGCUAACAUUGUAACUCUACAUGACAUCAUCCACACUGACAAGUGCCUCACACUGGUGUUCGAGUACCUGGAGAAAGACCUGAAACAGUACAUGGAUGACUGUGGCAGUAUCAUGAGUGUCCACAAUGUGAAGAUCUUUCUGUUCCAGUUGUUGCGAGGGCUAGCAUACUGCCACAGGAGAAAAGUCCUACACAGAGACCUCAAACCACAGAAUUUGCUCAUCAACGAUAAGGGUGAACUCAAACUGGCUGACUUUGGUCUGGCCCGGGCCAAGUCUGUCCCCACAAAAACCUACUCCAACGAGGUGGUGACUCUAUGGUACCGCCCCCCUGAUGUCCUGCUGGGAUCCACAGAGUAUUCCACACCCAUCGACAUGUGGGGAGUAGGUUGUAUCUUUUAUGAGAUGAUCACAGGCAGGCCUCUGUUCCCUGGCUCCACAGUGGAGGAUGAACUCCACUUGAUAUUCCGCAUCUUAGGCACUCCAACAGAGAUGACCUGGCCUGGGAUCACAACCAGUGAGGAGUUUAAGACUUACAAGUUCCCACGCUACCACGCUGAGCCCCUAGUCAACCAUGCACCCAGGAUAGACAGUGAUGGGCACGAUCUUCUCUCACUGCUACUACAGUUUGAUCCAAUGAAGCGUGUGUCGGCUGAGGAGGCUCUGAGACAUCCAUACUUUAGGAGUUUGGGAGAGCAGGUUCAGACGCUGGCUGACACGUCGUCCAUCUUCUCAGUGAAGGACAUCCACCUCCAGAGAGACCCGGGCAAGAGGUCUUCCGUCUUUCCAGAGUCAGUACUUCCAGAGAGAAGGAGCCAAUCCCAGGGCUCAAAGCCACGGCCUCUCGUCUCCCUCGACAGGCUGAGUUGCCCCUCCCAUUUCUGUUCUGUUCAGGUUCCUGCAGAGGGGGCUGUAGCUGUUUGUGUAUUGUCUCCCAGGGGAAGCCUAGGAGACAAAGUGUGUUGUUUUAGUGCCGGCGCUGUCGGAGUUGGGCGAGAAGGACAUUGACGCACGGAACUGUCCCACACAUUCCGACCCCAUCGCGCACAUCCACACCAACACACACCUUUAACUCACACGCAUUACCCCGAAGGAGAGAAAACACACACGUGUCCCAGGAACAAAAACAACACAUUAACAAAAAAUGGACUAGCCACAAUCAUGAAAGAGGGACAAAAAGGACUUGAGGCAACUGAAGACUACGUGGGAAUAAACAACAGUACACUUCCUGUUACAACUGUUCAGAGGACAGCAGUGUUUCAGGUUUUUCUGGAAUGAACUGAGUGAUGCGUUUUGAAAGAGACUUGCUGUAUCAGUGAGCUCUGAACAGUCAGGGAGGUGAGGCAGGAUGAAGGAGGGUUGGGAAUGUCCCGGGGUAAUGAACGGGCAUGUUUAAAGGGAGGGAUUCACUCUCCCCUCCAUUCCUCUUUCUUUCUGUGUUGGACUGUUGUUGUACAUAAGAGUGUUCUAAAAGCUCUGCUUUUUCAUAGCCUCCAAACCCUAAUCCAAGCCCAAUCUCCAAACCCUAAUCCAAGCCCAAUCUCCAAACCCUAAUCCAAGCCCAAUCUCCAAACCCUAAUCCAAGCCCAAUCUCCAAACCCUCUCCACCCUCCCUAAUGGUAGUCAAAACUUGAACCCCUUAACUCUGGAACUUCCUCCACACCCUAACCCUAAACCUUGUCUCCAACAAAAGCCCUCAUCCUAGCCGACAGCCGAAAUAUUGCCUCGUAGCUUACAACCCUGCCGCCUGACCUUUCCAAACUAGGCCCAUUGAUGUACAUGCAUGUAAAUACACACAUUUCAGAAUUGUUUCUGUAGGAUGCUAUUCAUUGAUUAUGAAUUAUCUCAGUGACCUCAAACACACACACACGCACAUACACACACAAACAAACUUUUGUACAUUACAUUGUUGAGGCCUGGCAUCAAGAAGGUCAAAUCUAGCACCUUAUCCCCCUGGAAAAGACAGAGAGGCUGUCAUUCUCUUACCUCAUCGAUCGAUAAGUCACUCAGGCAGACUAAGAUACGAAGCAUACCCUAACCACAGUUCUCUUCUUCAUAUUGUAUGGUUGUUACAGGAAAUCAGUACUCAAUAGAAACCAGCAGAUAGCCCGGUAGAUACAGUAUUUGGCCCAACUGAAAUCAAACAGAUAAAUACGUUUGUCGUUGUGCCCCUCAAUAAGUCACUUCAACCCAAUUUCUCCUGUAAGUCACCCUGGAUGAGAACGUCUGCUAAAUCAUAAACAAGUGUUAAAAUGGAACAAUGGACUGAGCAAGUCACAACGCUGAAGUGCACACUGGGAAGAAAAUGAUUGCCACACAAUAAACACUUGUAGGUCAAUGCAUUAGGAAUGAAUUAUUAAUAGUAUGGCGUGAUACUAUGAAUGCAUCAUAGGUAUGUACACUACAAUGUGUUAGAAAAUGCGUGGUUUGAUCUCUGAAAGUUGAAUGCUGACCAUCACACCGCUGGCGUGACGGAAGUAACAUGUUACUGUUCUGUCUACAUUGGUAACCAGUGUAUAAGCAAUAAAGUGCCUCUGGGAUUUGUGCCAUUGAGCCGAUAUGCCACGGCUAAUGACUGGGUCAGAUUAUUAUUUCGUUUCUACUGAUAGCCCUUAUCUGUGGUAUAUUCUCCAUAUGUCACCAACCCCCGGCCUUCAUCAGGUUGGUCAACUCCCAGGUUCCCAGAACUUCAUUUCAGGGGACAGAGAGCUGUUAGAUUUGUGUAAUUAACCCAUAAUGUGUUUUUGUCACUGGCAACUCUGUGAAUAUCAGCCUUGGUUUGUGAUGUAGCAUUGAUACAAAGUGUUAACGGCAUGAGUUGAAUUCACAUCAAAAUUUACCUUUAAUGCUGAAUCUAGUGCUCAACAACCCCACUCACACCCUAAUACUUUUAUAUUUUAUCUGUAUAUAUGACCAUCCUUUUUACUCCGUAGUAAUAAGGUAAAGGCAAAGAUUUCCCAAGAAGCUAUUCUCUGUCAUCUGGCUGUGUUCAGAAUCACUGGUGACGACGGAAGAUGUGUUUUUCAUACCUUAAGCUCAGGACUUAUGUGUAGUGUUGUUUUGUGGGUCUUUGCAUAAGGGAGUCUUGUUUCCAAAUAGUCAGGAACAAGAGGCUAGCUGAGGUAAAGGAGGUUGUACAAAGGUUGUUCCCUGGUAUAGUUUAUCAUAGUCUGCCUGUUUGUCUUCAGCUUCUAUGGAGGAGUAUCAACUCCAUUAUCAAUCAGUUUAGUUAAUCAACCCUCCUUUCUAAAGAAAAACAUGUUUGCACGGAUAUAUGUUUCAUAUAUGUAUGGAUGUCUCAUGUAAGUGACAUGACUGCAGUUUUAGCUGACUGGAAGAGUCCCAUAAGCAACUGAGUUGAAUACCUUAUUACACCCAUGCUAUUUUUUAAACAGUUUGUGUGCAAUUCCUUCCUGUUGCCUCCUGUGUUGAGGAAAUAACAGAUUAUCAAGAACAAUGUUUUUCACCUUGGUUCGAGUUACACCCAGCUGGUUCAAACAUAACUGUUUCAAAUGAAAGUGCCCAGAUUGUGUGCUGGUUUGUCAGUCUUUUUUGUCUUAUUCAGUUCCACAAUGUGUAAGAAUUCAGCUGUCUUACUCCAUUAUAAAGUUUUUUAUGUAUAUGGUAUCAUUUAAUAGAACCGUGAACAGGAGAUGAGGGAGGGUGUAGUAGAAUAACAACGUGCGCUCACAUAGCUGUGUGUGUUCCAGUGUCAGCAGUUUCAGCCGCUAGAUCAUCCCAGGCCAAAUUAUUUCAUAAACAAAACAAUACAAAAACAAAACUGGCCAAGGGUGCAACAGUGAUGUUAUUUUCUCCUAGUGCGAACAUCAUCAUUUGGAGAGCAUAAUCUGUUCCUUGAUCUGUCCCAAAGGGCACAUUCUAAUUAUAGUGUGAGAGUAUGUAGCAUGUACAUAGAUCAUUUGUCUGUAUAUAGGCACUGUCCAGGAUGGAUUCCGCUGUAGACUCUAGUCAGGCUGCUGGUUUCCUUGUUUAGAAAAUGAGAGCAAUAUUUCUGUCUUCAUAAUAAGGCCAAUGGUGUGUGGUAAUACAUUAGACUGUGUGUCUAUCUAUCAAGAGGGAAUUCAAUUAUUCUAAAAUUCACUAACUUACUAAAAGAGAUUUACUUACUAAAAGAGAUUUCUUCUUUCUUUUAAAACUUGAUGUUACCCUUGAAAGAAGUCUACAGGCCAAGAAAAAUGUAGUACUCAGUUUUAUUAAAACAUUUGGCACUGCUAGCAAGAAAUCUAGGAAUCAUGGUGUGUGACCAUGUUUAUUUUUUUGCCCAAUUCACGUUUGAAUUACAAAGACAAUACUUUGCUUGCUUGCGGUGGCUAAAGUUAUCUGAACUUUGUAAUGUUUGAAUAAAGACUUCAAAUUCAGUGAUUACAGAUAAACUUGGCGUUUGGACUAAAUAAAUCUGGACUGGUUUAUCUCUUUCAGUGAAGUAAUAAUGUCGGGAGAGAUUCAAUUUUUUUAUAUAGACUUAAUAGAGUAUUAUGGUGUGCAUCCUCAGAUUGUGUAACAGCUCUACAGUGACAUUUUGAGGUCGCACAACAUCACAUUUUCUCACACGGUUCAUAGAGUGUAAUGAAUGUAAUGUGAGUGUGUGAGGUUGCUCAGAGGUACUGUGUGUAUGCACCACACCCCAUAAUGAUGGCUGAAAUAUUUGUGAACAUUCAAUAAAGACUUAGUUUGAAGGAGUAUUUUUCUCAUUAAAUCAUUUAAAUAUUUUUUCAUCCUGUGAAGCCUUGAUACAGUACACUGUUUAAAUGUGGCUUAUUACGAAAUAGUUGUCCUUUUAAAGGGACAUUUCUUUUGGGGGGAUUAUUGCACAUAGAAACACUCCUAAACAAGUAGUGUGUAUAAUUGAUCAUAUUAUCAUGAAAGACAAGGCUUUACUGACUGUACAGACAGAGGACAUCCUUGUUUGUUUCAAUUUUGGCUAUCAGUAUCUCAACACAGGUCAAAGAGUGCAUUAUAAGAUUCCC